CAGGCGCUGCUGCCACUUCGCGCCCUGUGCUUCUCUUCACACACUUUUUAGUGAGAGAGAAAGAAUCGAAAGCCUCAUCUCAUCGCGACUCUUUGAUCACCUCCAUUCCCCCCCUCUCCGAUCGUAAGGACGCCAUCUACGCCGUCACUUACCUUUGACUCCAGGUCAACGGAUCUUUUAUUUCCACCACUAGAUCAAACUUCCUCCACUGGCAAUUGAUUUCAGUCACUCCAAAAUACAUAGGUUAGUUCGAUCGGACCCAUUAAUCUUCUCUAAUGUUUUUCCGAUAAAAGAAGCUUAUUUUGAUAUGAACACUGAAUAUCAGUGAUACCCAUAUGCAUAUAUAAGAUAACAAAUAGAAAGUUCUUGUAAAGUUCUAACAAUGGCACCUAGCACGAUUCGUAAGGCAAUUGGAGCUGUAAAGGAUCAAACCAGUAUUAGUUUGGCUAAAGUGGCUGGAAACAUAGCUCCAGACCUUGAAGUUCUCGUUGUUAAGGCCACCACCCACGAUGAAGACCCUGCCGAUGAGAAGUAUAUUAGGGAAAUCGUGAACUUGACUUGUUUUUCACGGGGUUACGUUAGUGCUUGUGUGGCUACCGUUUCGAAACGCUUGAGCAAGACUCGCGAUUGGAUCGUGGCGCUUAAGGCUCUGAUGCUUGUUCAUAGGAUUUUGGUUGAUGGGCAUCGUUCGUUUCAGGAGGAGAUUGUGUUUGCGAGCCGAAGAGGGAUGCGGAUUUUGAAUAUGGCCGAUUUUAGAGACGAGGCGCAUUCUAAUUCAUGGGACCACGCUAGUUUUGUGAGGCUUUACGCUAUUUAUCUUGAUGAGAAGGUGGAGAGUGUCGCUUAUGAUAAGAAAUCUAAGGGUGGUAAUGACAGAUUUGUUGAGAGAGAUGAUCAUGAAUUUCAUAAUGGUUAUGGGAUGCCAAGGAGAACGAGUUCUUAUGGUGAUUUGAGUGAGUCACCGGGGAGUAAGGAGCAAAGAAGAGAAGCUGCUACGCCUAUGAGGGAAAUGCAACCCGGAAGGGUGUUGGAUAAACUGACUCAGUUGCUUCGAAUUCUCAUUCGGAUUCUGGCAUGUAAGCCGGCUGGGGCAGCGAAAAACAGUAGGCUUGUGAUUGUUGCGCUUUACCAGAUUGUGAAAGAGAGUUUUGGAACUUAUAUUGAGAUUUGUGAGGCAUUGAGGGUCUUGUUGAAUCGAUUUACAGAGAUGGAGUAUUCCGAUUGUGUCAAGACUUUUAAUGUUUACCUUGAUGCGGCGAAGAUGAUUGAUGAACUCGCUGCUUUCUAUGGUUGGUGCAAGGAAGUGGGGAUCGCAAGGUCUUCCGAGUACCCUGAGGUUCAGAGAAUUACUGAUGAGCUUUUGGGUACACUUGAGGGAUUUUUGAAAGAGAUGGCUAAUAGGCCUAAGAGUAUUGAGGAGAAGCAGCCUGUUGUUGAGGAGGAGGAGGAGGAGCCAGUUCAGGCCAUGAAUGAGAUAAAGGCUUUACCUCCGCCAGAGAAUUACACUCCUCCUCCACCACCACCACCAUCUGAACCGCAAAGUAAGCCACCACAGCCUCAGCAGGUAACUGAAGACUUGGUGAAUUUGAGGAAGGAUGGAGUCUCAGCUGAUGAACAAGGCAACAAAUUGGCUUUGGCUCUGUUCUCUGGACCUUCAUCCACCAAUGCAAAUGGUUCUUGGGAAGUUUUCCCCUCUGACGGAGAGCCACAGGUGACCUCAGCGUGGCAAAACCCUGCUGCAGAAACUGGCAAAGCAGACUGGGAAUUGGCACUGGUUGAGUCAGCCAGCAAUCUAUCAAGGCAGAAGGCAAAUUUGGCAGGUGGUUUUGACCCAUUGCUAUUAACUGGAAUGUAUGAUCAGGGCACAGUGAGGCAGCAUGUGAACACCACACAGCUGAAUGGCGGAAGCGCUAGCAGCGUGGCGUUGCCUGGGCUGCCAGGCAAGAACUCUUCGCCAGUUCUGGCCUUACCAGCACCAGAUGGAACCCUGCAAGCGGUGGGGCAACAAGAUCCAUUUGCUGCUUCCCUUGUGGUUCCUCCUCCUUCAUACGUUCAGAUAGCUGAUAUGGAGAGGAAGCAGCAGUUUCUUGUGCAAGAACAACAGCUGUGGCAGCAAUAUGGGAGAGAAGGGAUGCAAGGACAAGUGGGUUUGGCGAAAAUCGCUGGUGGAUCUGGCUAUUAUGGCCCCAACCCGCAUCAAACGAUGCCUUAUGGGAUGCCACAGUUCAACAUGGGGCAGCCAGGUGGAUACUACUAUGCUCCGUAUUAGGUUGGCUUGGUUUUCCUUGCUGCUUGUUUUUUAAUUUCCAUAAUGCCAAUAGCUAAUAUAUGUGUAUUUCGUAUGUAUCGUAAUAGUGAUCCUGAUGCUUAUACAUUCUCUGAGUUGCUUAUUACUUUCUUUGCAAUAUUUUCUAAGUAUACAACCUUUUUGUUUUUUUGGGGGGGGGGAGGGGAGGGUGGUUUGGUUUGUACAUGGUUGCAUUGUAUGAAAUGAGAAGCAUUACAGUUGCAGAAUCUGAGAUUUUGAGGAAAGAUUAUAAUGGCGUCAGGCAUAUUGUAAUGUAAUUUCAUACAAAACUGUAAUGCUACUCUCUAUUUUAUCUUGCUACAUUGCCAUUUAAAAAUAUAUAUUCUUUUUAUCGUUA